CCCUGUUUUUGUCACACCGGUUUAUUUUCUUUCAUCAUUUUUGCGGAAAAAUUUGUAUUAAUUCAUUUUGUUAUUUUUGCUCAAGUUUUCUAAUAAAAACAUUACAAUAUAAGAUAUGGAUGAAUCCAAAAUUGCUGUCUUUGGCAUUGUGGAUCCAUUAAGCACACGCUAUGGCAACACAUUGAUGGGACAGUUUGUUGAUGGUAGCAAAAUAUCAUUGAACGCAUUUAGACCUAUAACAGCUAGUACGCGGGAUAAACCGACAGAAUAUGCAGGAAAAGAUGUAGUACAAAUACAUCUUUUGCAACCAGAAUUUAUCUUCGAUGAUCCAAUUUUAAGAAGCCUUAUAGCUGAGGCCAACUCAACAUUCGUAGCUCUACAGUCACUAAAAAAGAAAGGUUCAAAGGCAGACUAUACAAAAAUAUCUAGAACAUAUCGCAGUAUAAUUAGAGCUUGUUUGGAAAAAUUGCAGGAUGCCGCUGGAAAUGCGGAACUUGAAAUGCCCGAGAAAUAUGAAAAAUAUCAAAAUUUUAUUUCGAUAUUUUACUCCAUAGAAUGUAUUUGGCAUUUAAGUGAAAUUCUAUUUCUGGAUCAGACGGCUUCAAAUGUCAUAGUGCCGCAAUUGCUUGAAUGGGUUCGUUUCCACUUCCCAGCGGCCGAACGGAUGGCAACCGAUUUAUUGAUAUUAAGUCGUGAUGCCAGUGACAGUGAAGAAUACUGGCCUGCUCUGAAAGGUCUAAUAAUGCAAGGUCAAGUUGAUGUGGCUCGUGCUAUUCUACAACUUCACCCUCAGGCUGAGAGUACAGCAUUUAAAAUGGCGGAGCAAAUUUUCAAAGCAAUGCCCACAUACAAUGUGUAUGGCGGAUUUUCUAUACAAAAAUUUAGGUCUCAAUGGCAGUAUUGGCUUACAGACACCGAACGUAAACUAAGCGCCAAUAUUCUAAGCAUCGAACCCUUAUUAGAGGAACUUGUACAACUGGUGACUGGCAACACGGCAGUAUGGAAUACUCAAAUACAAAAUUCAGAAUAUUGGUAUGAAUACUUGCCCGGCUAUCUAUUCUAUACGAAUCCAGCUUGCAAACAUUUUGAGUUGGGUACCGCUGCCAACACUUGGUUAGACAGAUGGGCACGAUUUAAAUCACAACAGGGAGAAGAGCCAAAACUUAAGCAUUUGGAUAAAGUUAUAUUGUCACUAAUGGAAAAUGAAAUGCAUCAAGUUAUUCACUCUAUACAGCUGAUGGCUGACAACCAAUGGUUCGUUACACAUCUUACUGAUUUGCUGUAUAAUUGUGGUCAAUUGCAAGUAGUCGGAGAUCAUCAAAUGAACGACUGCAUUAAAUUAAGAGAUUCUCUGCUUUUUGACUUCGGCAGUUGUUUAAUGUCUAGAAAUUCUUUAUGGCAAUUGGGUAUGGAUUAUUUAGAGUUUUGUUCGGAAGAAGGUUUAGCGGCUUUGGAAUUGUGUUUAACUAAGAUACCAAUUAAAACGGAGAAACAAGCUAUGAAGGUUUUGGAAAUCUGCAGCAAGAAAAACUUUUUCAAUGCUGAACAGGAAAUUUGCAAAGUUCAAGCCAAAAAGUCAUUAGAUGGCCAUCGUUAUGGAAAUGCUUUGGAAUGGGCCAUUCGCUCAAAAGAUACAUUAUAUGUCACCUCAAUAGCUGAUUUCCUUCUAAAGCAUUAUUCUCGCACGGGAGACAUGUUAUGUCCGGAUGUUAUUGCCAAUAUUGGAGCCAAAAUGUUUAUUUCGCCAAGAUUGGUGUUUUUAGUAAAGUACUUCGACUUCUAUCAGUUUUAUCGCAAAAGAGACUUUUUGCCAGCUGCAGAAUUGUUGGUAAAUUUAUUGGAAUCUAAAAUAACUCCAGAAUAUUUUUGGCCUUCAUUACUAAUUGAUACCAUACCGCUGUUAGAGUCAAAAGAUCCGAAAAUACUUUCCAAAGAAACUAGUGCCAUUUUGCACCAUUUGGAAUCGGAAUUGGUGCCACUCAUUGAGAAGAAAAAGAAACGUUUGGAGAAAUAUCCUGAUGAACCUGUUAACAUACUCAAGGACUAUCGAAUUGAAAAUAUCGAAGAAAUCAUAAAUUUAUUACGUUUGGCUUGUGCCCGUAAUCUUUCACGGGCUAUCAUUAUAGAAAACACUAUGAUGGGAUGAAUAUAGUAUAUAUUUAUUUUUAAUGAUAAGUUUUAUUAAUUAUAGUUUUUAUUUUUUGUAAUGUUAUCUUCAUUUUUUUUUCUAAUAAAUUGUUCAUAUUACAUUAUA